UGGAAAUGAGCAAAAUUCAUACUCAAAAUUCAUCAAAGCAAGGGAAUGCUAACAAUAAUGGGAUUGAAGCGGCCGUACCAAUGUUCAGAAGGAGAAACCAUGAUUUGCAAUCAACCAACCAUGUAAAUUUUCCUAUUGCCUUUCAUCCUGCAGGGACCUCUUCAUCUCACGCUUCAGCUGCUAAUACAGAUGAACCAGGAGAAGUAAUAGGAAAGCACGAGAUGAAUCCUGAAUCAGGCAUUCGGAAAUAUGAACCUAUUUUGCCAAGUUUAGCAAUAUGCUUAAGGUUUGAAGAUGUGAAGUUCAAGGCAAGAAUGAAUGAGUUGAAAAAUUCAUCAAUAGAAGGUGAAAAGUACAUACUACAAGGAGUAAGUGGAGCAGCAAAUCCUGGAGAGCUUCUGGCCAUGAUUGGUCCAUCUGGGGGUGGUAAAACUACUUUGCUCAACCUUUUAAGUGGAAGACUUACCUUUAACAGUGGUACUAUUACCUAUAACAACCUCCCUUAUUCCAAGUCCUUAAAGCGCAAGAUUGGAUACGUAACACAAGAUGAUUUAGUGUUUCCUCACCUUACCGUGAAGGAGACAUUAACUUAUGUUGCUUUGCUUCGGCUUCCAAAGACAUUGACUAAACAGCAGAAACAAGAGCGAGCCAUGGAAGUUAUAAUAGACCUUGGUUUAGAAAGGUGCCAAAAUUCAAUAAUAGGAGGUGGAGGAGGACUUAAGAAGGGAGUAUCAGGAGGAGAAAGAAAGAGGGUUUGUAUAGGAAAUGAAGUGCUUCUUGAUCCUUGUCUUUUACUCUUAGAUGAACCAACCUCUAGUUUAGAUUCAUCAAGUGCAUUAAGAAUAGUCCUAUUACUCAAAAACAUGGCCAAGGCAGGAAAAACAGUGGUAACAACCAUUCACCAGCCAUCAAGUAGACUAUUUUCCAAAUUUGACAAGCUAAUACUUCUAGGAAGAGGCAGCUCUCUCUAUUUCGGGAAAGCAUCUGAUGCAAUGAAGUAUUUUUCUUCUAUGGGUUGCUCACCACUUAUAGCUAUGAAUCCUGCUGAGUUUCUUCUUGAUCUUGCAAAUGGGAACAUGAAUGAAAAAUCUAUCCCAUUACAGUUGGAACACACACUCUCCCCCACAAAUUCUACAUCUAGGCCUUCACAAAUGGAAGUUCAUAAGUAUUUUGUUGAGGAAUGUGAAUCAAGAUCAUGGAUGAUAAGGAAUGGAAAAACAAAAAAGGCUACAGUUGAACAAAGUGAUAUAAUGCUGGAAUACAGGAGAAGUAAUUCAAAGUGGAAAUCAAGCUGGUGGGACCAAUUCUGUGUUCUUGUUAGUAGAGGAUUUAAGGAAAGACGACAUGAAUAUUUCAGUUGCACUCGUGUUAUCCAAGUCAUUUUAACCGCUAUAAUUGUAGGUUUGCUAUGGUGGCAUCCUAAUUAUUCAUCUUCCAUAGAUACCUCUGAUCAGGCAGGGUUGCUGUUCUUCAUCUCAGUUUUCUGGGGUUUUUUCCCACUAUUUACAGCAAUCUUUACCUUCCCACAAGAAAGAGUAAUGCUAAUAAAGGAAAGAUCAGUAGGGAUGUACAAACUCAGUGCAUAUUUUGCUGCUCGGAACAUCACUGAUCUACCUUUGGAUCUUGUUUUACCCACCUUUUUUAUGCUCAUAAUGUACUUCAUGGUUGGAUUAAAACCAAAAUUUUCUGCAUUUUUCCUCACAUUACUUGCAAUUUUCCUCAACAUAGUGGCUUCCCAGGGACUAGGCUUAAGCAUUGGUGCAGCAUUCAUGGACAUCAAGAAAGCAUUAACCUUAGCUUCUAUACUCAUCAUGUCUUUCAUGCUAUCAGCUGGCUUUUUCAUCCAUGAUGUGCCCGGUUUCAUUUCUUGGUUACGUUAUGUUUCCUUCAACUAUCACACAAACCGGCUUUUGUUAAAGAUUCAAUUUGGGUGUUCAAGUGAGAGUUUGAAAUCAGGAAGGUGUGAAGCUCCUAUAAUCAAAGGAUUAAAAGUAGAUUAUUCUGGUAAAAUUGAGAUUGGAGCCUUGAUUAUAAUGAUCAUUGGAUAUAGAUUUAUAGCUUACUUAUUUCUCAAGAGAAUGAAAUUUAGGCCUGCAUGAUAUUUUCCACCAAAUAUGAGCUACAAAAGAGUGGCUAAUUAUAAUUUGUGAACCAAAAAUAUUAUCAUUUAUCACUUAUAUGUCAUCA